GAGGAGGCGGGCGGCGGAGCCAGCGCGCCUGCCCGACCGGCGGCGGCGACGAAGGCGAAGGAGCGGGGUCUGCGGGCCGGGCCCCAUGGGCGGGUGUGUGGGCUCCCACCACGACUCCUCGGGCAGCCUCAACGAGAACUCAGACGGCACGGGAGUUGCACUAGGUCGUAAUCAGCCCCUGAAAAAGGAGAAACCGAAAUGGAAAAGCGAUUAUCCAAUGACAGACGGACAGCUGCGCAGCAAGAGAGAUGAAUUUUGGGACACUGCACCUGCUUUUGAAGGCCGCAAAGAAAUCUGGGAUGCCUUGAAGGCUGCAGCACAUGCAUUUGAGAACAAUGACCAUGAACUAGCACAAGCAAUCAUUGAUGGUGCAAACAUCACAUUACCCCAUGGUUCUCUUACAGAGUGCUAUGACGAACUGGGAAACAGAUACCAGCUUCCUGUCUACUGCCUUGCUCCCCCCAUCAACAUGAUAGAAGAAAAGGGUGACCUAGAGACUCUGGAUAUUCCAGAUCUGCCCCCAAACUCUGGUCAUGAAUGCCAGCUUCGUUUACGCCUCUCAACAGGCAAAGACCUCAAACUUGUGGUCCGCAGUAUGGACACAGUGUAUCACAUGAAGAGGAGACUGCACACAGCAGAGGGCGUGGAGCCUACCAGUCAGCGGUGGUUUUUCUCAGGCAGGCCACUAGCAGACAAAAUGAAACUGGAGGAACUAAAAAUACCAAGGGACUACGUGGUGCAAGUCAUUGUAAGCCAGCCGUUAACAAACCCCAUCCCAGGGGAGAACUGACCUGGCCUGUAUGCCUCUCCUUUUCUGCUCUUUGUAUCAUGUGUGGACUUUUUCAGUAUAUUUUUUCUUCUCUGCUAAUGGAUGGGU